CUGGUCUAUAUUAGAAUUCUAAGUUUGUCUGGUCAAAAUUAGAAUUCCAGUUUUGUCUAAAAAAAUACUGGUCUAUAUUAGAAUUCUAGUUUUGACCAGACAGAAUUAGAAUUCCAAUAUAGACCAGUAUUUUUUUAGACAAAACUGGAAUUCUAAUUUUGACCAGACAAACUUAGAAUUCUAAUAUAGACCAGUAUUUUCUUAGACAAAAUUGGAAUUCUAAUUUUGACCAGGCUGAAUUAGAAUUCCCAAAUAGACUGAUAUUUUUUUUUUGGGCAGAAUUAAAAUUCUAGUUUCGACCGGAUAAACUUCGAAUUUCAAUUGAAUUUUUUUAUCUUCAUCUGAACUCUAAUACUGUUCAAAAAAAAAUACUAGUAUAUGAUAGAAUUCUAAGUUCGUUCGGUCAAAACUAGAAUUUCAAUUCUGCCCAAAAAAAAAUACUAGUCUAUAAUAGAAUUCUAAUUUGGUCUGGUCAAAAUUAGAAUUCCAACUUUGUCUAAGAAAAUACUGGUCUAUAUUAGAAUUCUAAGUUUGUCUGGUCAAAAUUAGAAUUCCAGUUUUGUCUAAAAAAAUACUGGUCUAUAUUGGAAUUCUAAUUCUGUCUGGUCAAAACUAGAAUUCUAAUUUUGUCUAAAAAAAUACUGGUCUGUAUUGGAAUUCUAAUUCUGCCUGGUCAAAACUAGAAUUCCAAUUUUGUCUGGUCAAAUUCUAAAUUUGACUCAAUUCCAAUUUUGACCCCAACAUAUAUACAGAAACUACUUGAAACUGUUAAGCAUAUUCUUGUAUAUCAAUAAAUAGAUUUUGACUUUUACUUUUAUUAUGUCAUAAAUUCUUCUCAAUUAAUUGUUUUAUUGAUCAUUUAGUCCAAUUUUUAUUGAUAAAAAUAAAAUAUAUCUCGAUCAUAUUAUUAAUGAAUCUGAUGGAUCAUAUUUUGAACUUAAAGAACGACAUUUAUGCAAAAUUGAUACCGUUCAAGCUAAAAAUCUUGUUCAGCCAGGGGAUACAUCUUCUGAUAAUGCUGGUCAAGAUAAUCGAAAUUUAUGUGAUGAAGGUACUGUUAAUCAAGUAUUACAACAAGAAGAAAUCGAACAAUUGAAAUCUGAAGGUGUAUCAGGUCAAUCAAUCAUUUCUCAACUUGUAUCCAAAAGUGCAACAUUUGACAAGAAAACUGUUUUUUCACAACAAAAAUAUCUAAAUAAAAAAAAGAAAAAAUAUAUUCAAAUCUAUCGAGCAUGGAAACCAAGUAUUCGUCUAUUAUGUCAAGCAUAUACACAUGAUCUUCAAAAAAUCAUGUAUUUAAGACGUGAUACAUUAGCUAUGCUUUUAUCAUUAUCAAAUGUGAAUCAUGGUUCAAAUAUUGCCAUUGUUGAAUCAUGUCAAGGACUUAUAUUAGCUUCUGCUAUUCAACGUUGUGCUGGUGGUGAUGGUUUAAUAUUUAAUUUAACACCAGCUGGUGAACAUAAUUCCACUUCUCCAUGUUGUGAUUUUAUGGAUUUUUCAAGUGAAUCUACAGCGAAUGUUUAUACAAUUCCUAUUGAAAAUAUUGGUGAUACAAAUGCUGUUGAACGAGCUAAUCAAGUAAAACCAAAACAAGAAGAACCAACUGAAAAAUCUUUACAAGCAUUAGCUCGACGACAACGACGUUUUGAUGGUUUACAAUUAUUUGAAAAAACAAAACUUAAUAGUUUAAUUAUUGCAAGUAAAUAUGAUUCAUUAUCAAUUUUACAACAUUUAGUUGAUUACCUGGCAAUAUCUUCACAUUUUGUCGUUUAUUCUCAAUCUAUUCAAACUUUAUUAGAAUGUUAUCAAUUUUUGAAAAAACAUGGUGGAACUAUUCAUGUUGAAGUAGCUGAUUCAUGGUUACGAGAAUAUCAGGUUAGACUAUCUAAAUAAUAAUAGUGACUAGUAAAACAGAUGACAUAGAACUUUUAAAAUCAUGAAAUAAUUGUGAUUAUACGUUAGAUCGAAAAAUGAAAUAGACCUAAAAUUUUUAUGAUUCUGCUUUGCUUGUUGAUUCAUAAAUAUAUCAAAUUAAGAUUCAUCUAUUUCUUGAAUAUGGAGGAGAAAAAAAAAGCAUUUUUUUUGUUCGAGUCUAUCAUGUUACAACAGAUGGUCAUAAUUGAAUUAGAUUUAUUCUAAACUAGUCAACAUAUAUAUGUAUCCAGAAUGAAUCAUUAGUAUCAAUGAAACAUGAUUUUACAGUCUAAAGAACAGUAGUAUGGUUCAUUUGAUAUUCAUUGAAAUUCAGUAAAAUAUAAUCUUCGCUUCAGUAAUAUUAUUUUUAGUUGUAAGCACUGAAGCGGAAAAAAAAAGAAAAUUUAAACCUAAAAUUCGAUGCAUGGUUUCAUUAUAGUUGUCUCUUAAAUUUUUUAAAAAUCUUACUUAAGUUAAUAAUCGGAAAUGAAAUUUUUUG